AUGAUUGGAGCACCUCCAUCAUCACCAACCAGCGUGGAAGCAUCAACGGCAUCAGGGGAACCACUAGAACUGAUCGGCGAAUUCACUUGCCCGAUAACCGUCGGGGACACCACGUUGGCAACGGUCUGCUACAUCACAUCGGUUGCAGAUCUGAACGUCAUCGGACUGGACUGGAUGGACGCAUUCGAUCUCUGGUCGAAGCCGCUUGCUGCCUACUGCAAACAGGUGAAUAGUUCCAAUUUCUCGCUCUCCUCUGAUCAGCACUUCCUCACGCAAUACCCGGAAGUUUUUCAGGACAAUCUGGGCCACUGCACGAAAACCAAGAUUUCGUUGGCAUUGAAGCAACACGCCCAACCAGUUUUUCGACCGAAGCGGCCUGUUCCGUUUCACGCUAUCCAGAAGGUGGACGAAGAGCUGGAUCGACUCCAACAGUCGGACAUCAUCACACCCGUGGAUUUUUCCGACUGGGCGGCACCUAUCGUCGUAGUCAAGAAACCCGGCGGCAAGGUGCGGGUAUGUGCCGAUUACUCCACUGGGCUCAAUGCGGCACUCGAAAGCAACAACUAUCCUCUUCCAACGCCGGAGGAGAUCUUCAGCAAAGUGUCUGGCAGUCGAAUCUUCAGCAUCAUCGACCUGUCGGACGCAUACCUGCAGGUGGAGGUCGACGACGAGUCCAAAAAGUUGCUGACCAUCAACACCCACCGAGGCUUAUUCCGGUUCAAUCGUUUGGCACCAGGUGUCAAAUCAGCCCCCGGCGCGUUCCAGCAGCUGAUGGCGAAGAUGGUAGCCGGUCUACGCGGCGUAGAAGUUUUCCUCGACGACAUUCUGGUGCACAGCAAGACGCUCGAGGAACACAACCGAAUCCUGCACAUGCUCUUCCGGCGCCUGCGUGAAUAUGGUUUUCACCUGCGAGUGGAAAAAUGCCGGUUCUAUCAAGAUCAGCUCAAAUACCUCGGACACAUCAUCAGUGCCAGGGGUAUCCAACCGGAUCCAGCGAAAAUUGCAGCGAUUUCGGAGAUGCCUGCUCCAACCGACGUGUCCACAUUGCGCUCAUUCCUGGGUGCAGUCAAUUUCUACGGGAAGUUCGUCCGUGAGAUGCAUCAACUACGCCAUCCGUUGGACAACCUGCUCAAGAAAGACACGAAGUUCGUCUGGAAUCGAGAGUGUCAGCACGCUUUCCAAAACAUCAAGCGCGUGUUGCAGUCCGAUCUUUUAUCACUGUCCGCAGCAGAGCAGAACUACAGCCAGAUCGAAAAGGAAGCACUGGCAUUGGUUUUUGCUUGUACGAAGUUUCACCGCAUGCUGUGGGGUCGCCGUUUCACAUUGCAAACGGACCAUCAGCCGUUGCUGCGAGUGUUUGGUUCCAAAAAGGGCAUUCCCGUGCAUUCCGCAAAUCGACUCCAGCGAUGGGCCCUGACGCUGUUAGGGUACGACUUCCAAAUCGAAUACGUGGCAACGCAAGACUUCGGCUACGCUGACGUGCUGUCUCGACUGAUUAGCAAUCACCAGAAGCCCGAAGAAGAAGCAGUCAUCGCCGCAGUUCGAAUUGAAGAAGAUGUCAGUUCCUGCUUCCACGAUUCGUUUCAACAUUUGCCAGUCACUUACGAGAUGCUCAAGGCCGCCACCAAGAAGGACACCGUGCUGCAGAAGGUAAUUUCUUUCGUUCAAGGUACCUGGCCGGCGCGCUGCGAAGGCAUCCAAGACAUCGAGGUUCGAUCGUUCUUCAGCCGUCGUGAUUCCUACUCCGUAAUCGAUGGUUGCCUCAUGAUGGUCGACCGAAUCGUGGUUCCAAUGUCCCUUCAAAAACGAAUCCUCAAGCAAGUACACGAAGGACACCCUGGCAUCGAGCGGGCAAAAGCAGUUGCUCGUGGAAUCGUGUUCUGGCCGACGAUGGAUGAAGACAUCACCAGCUACGUCCGCCGGUGCUCGAGCUGUGCAAGUGCUGCCAAAUCUCCGCCACAAGCUCAACCACAACCAUGGCCUCGCGCUGAGGGACCGUGGCAACGCAUCCAUAUCGAUUUUGCUGGACCUGUGGAUGGAAUGUACUAUUUAGUAAUGGUGGAUUCUUUCUCCAAGUGGCCGGAGAUUCUUCAAACUCGUUCUCCUACAACCUCUACUACCAUCGCUUUCCUGCAAGAAGGUAUCUCUCGAUUCGGAAUCCCUUUGGUCAUCGUUUCCGAUAACGGAAGUCAGUUCACAAGCGCUGAUUUCCGUACGUUUUGCGAAAAGUUUCGAAUCGUCCACAUCCGAACAGCGCCCUACCACCCACAAUCAAACGGGCAAGCGGAAAGGUUUGUGGAUACGUUGAAGAGAUCGCUCAAGAAAAUCGUCGGGGGAGGAGAAACAUCAACCGCUAGCGCACUGCAAACGUUCCUGUAUGUAUACCGAUCCACCCCGUCAACGGUGUUGAACGGUAAGUCUCCUGCCCAGAUCAUGCUUGGACGGCCGAUGAGGACAACUUUGGACCUGUUGCGACCAUCACCGAAACCCGAUUUCCAGCCACAACUCUCAGGUAAACGAAGUUUUUCGGCAGGUUCCAAAGUAUUCGCCAAGGUCUAUUCUUCAAACGAGAACUGGAAGUGGAUGCCUGGAACUAUUCUUGAAGCAAUCGGGAGUGUGAGCUACAAUGUCCUGCUGGAUUGUCAAGUGGGCCGACGCAAGGUUCUGCGCUCACAUGUCGACCAGCUCCGUUCGAGGAUGGAAGAAGCCAUUCCAGUUGAACCAGCGCCGCUGUCCAUCUUAAUCGACGAUUUUGGCCUUUCCGCAAACGAAGCAACACAGCCCCGGCGAAGCGAGUCGCCGGCCGUCGUACCAGAUCAGCAGUCAUUCCCUGAAGAAACUGUUGAGUCAUCCGUGGUUGUUCCUGAAGAAACUCUGUCGAUUGAAGAAGAAACUCUAUUACCGACGGAAAACAGUCUGCCCAUCCAAACAUCAACACCCGCGCAGCCAGUAUCGCGACGUCCAGAGCGCUCAAUCCGGCCGCCGAGGAGAUUGGCUGAUUUCCACUGCUAUCAACUCAAAGGGGGAGAUGCUACCAUGGCUAUGAGAGCAAGCUACAAUCAUUCAAAACCAGAUGACUUCGGUGUCUUACCAAAAUCAGCCGACCACUUGCCGAAGCUGCUCGCAACGGUCGCACCCAAACAUGAAGUGCUCCGACGCUGGGAAAGCGAAACAAUACCACUGAUACUGAUGCUGCUGGAUCAUUGCAGCGGCGAAGCAAUCCACCACUUCACAACCAAACCAACGACAACGACGAUAAGGCUGAUGACGACAAAGCAGAACCAACGAGACAAACGAAAAGAAAACGCAAUGCCAAAGAAACGCAUGUGUCUGAUACAAUCGACAUGGAUUGCGCUGUUGAGGAGAUCGGCCAGAGUCACGCGACGCGAUGUGGCGCGGCGCGUCUUUGACGCGGUUUUCAACGCGGCUUGA